GCGGUUUUAAUAUAAUGCCUUCUUAGUUAUUUAAUAUAUUCAUACCUUAUUUAACACACCAUCUUGUUAUAGGGCUCUGUCAGCAUGGUUAUUUUAGCUAUAAAUAUACGCCAAUUUUUAUUAAAAAAACACGAAAAGUAUACAAUUAUUUUUGUUUUUUACUUCAUUCAGCUGCUGUUACGUAUUGUUGUUGUUUUUUCUUUAUUUUCAAGGUAAUUUUUGUUUAUAUGUGUACAUAUGCUACAAAUAUAGCAGUCAUUUAAUCAUCUAUUUUGAGUGCUUUAAUAUAUUCGUUUUGAACCUCGCUACAUUUAUACUAGAUAUAGAUAUCGUGGACAUCAUUUACUAUUUGUCUAAGGUCAGAAUUAUUAUAACCAUGGUACUGUAAAUAACCAUAUAAAGAACAAAGAUUCAUGGAUAACUUUAUACUAAUCAACUAUAACUAUAACUAUACUAAUCAAUGUUUAAGAAAAUUAAAUACAUGUAGAUUGCAAUCUGAAUUUAGUCAGGCGAUUGUCAGGUCGCUUGAUCAUAAUUAAUGACCAUUUUUUACAGAUCAUGCCGUUUACUGGGUUGUCGUUAUCAAGGUAACCGAGUAACCAUACGCAUUUGCAAAUAGUUCCAUUAGGCUCUACUUUACAGAACUACUGUACAUUUUGUGACCCGCCCAGUACAUCUUUCUAUAAAUAAUGUACAGUCAUAACUGACAAAUUGUCAAGAAAAUAUGACAUAGGUCAUUUUAUUUGACUGUACUGAUGCAAACUUCAUAGAAGUUUCCAUAUUUCAUUUCCUUUGCUUAAAGCUGUGAAGCCUGUUUUAUAUCUCUAGAUGUCAUUGUUGUUGUUUUUUUUAAUGUUUGACGUUCCAUAUUGUGGCGUCAUCCACAUUUUACCUGUAUCUAAUGUAUUUACAGUGCAAUUAUUGUUAUUGGCGACAUGAUGUGACGACAAUGCCUAUGAAUUCAUUAAACAUAAACAUACCAUGCACUUAUGCUAUCAAUCUCAAUAUCUUUACUGUAAAUAUAAAAAAGUCAACGUCCUAUCGUAAUAUUGAUGAUCUAGAAGUUUGCCAAGAUAAAAAGCUGAUAGAAAAAGACUAGUUAACGUAAAACAUAAAAGUCACUGAGGAUCAGCUAUAUUUAUUGGGUAUAUCCUUUAUACUGGAGCAAGAUUUCCAAUAAAUCGUUAGGGAGCAUGUCUGCAUAAGGGGGUUGUAUUGGAAUUUCUCCAUGGCACCAUUCAUAGCCAUACAGCAUAAAGAGAACAAAUAUAAUAUUGUUCAAGUGACAAAUGUAUUGAUUAUUUUAAAAUUCAUUUACAUUGAAAGGUUAAGUUGUGAUGGUAAUUAAUAAAUUGAGAUGUUUAAAUUUCGGAUUAUGAUAUAAUAGUUACAUAGUUUACAUGUGAAUUAAUCAACUCAAUGACCAUUGUGACAUGUUCAAUCACAGACAGUGUGAUGUAUUCAUGUACAUAAUUAGCUCUGAUAGUAACAGAGCUGAAUCUUAAUCUAAAAUACCGUCAUUCAUUUGUGGACAUACAACAGUUGAACAGUGUUCAAUAUUACCUUAGUGUAUCGGUAAAUUAUACAUCUAGAAGAGGCUUUAUUUCAUUUACAUAUUUGAUGGCAACUGACUUUAAAUUAACAUUUCGAAUGAGUGCACGUGCUGCCGGUGAUGUCGUCUGUUUCAAACAAGAUGGCGAAAGGUUUGAUCAGACGCAUACAGUGAAAUUAAACACGGAUACAGAAUAUGACCUCAAGUUCUCUCUAAAGCCUGCAAUAUACGUAGAUAAACUAAUGAUAAACGGAGAACUGCACAAACUUGAAGUGUGUAAAGAAAUAAAGAAUGAGAGCGACGAAUUACGGAAUUACAAGACACAAUACGAAACUUCCGGAUAUGAUGUCAGUAAAAGAGGACAGCGGAAGGAACUACUUUUUGUAUUAGAGCUAGAGAAUGGUGUGUACAUGAAGUUUAGUUUACAAUGCAAGAUGUAUAAAGUUGGUGAGACUGACCACGCGCACUGGGGCCAGAAACUUACAGCUAUUGACUUUGAUUGUAAAAUGGAGGAAGGACACAAUUAUGUUACAGUAACUAAAGAAAAGUAUUUGUGAUGUUAACUACUAGUUAGAACUGUGAAUAUUUGUGAAAUUUUAAUGUUAUAAUUACAUAGACCCAUUAUAGAACUAGAUUGUCGUGAUUGUAGGGCGGAAUAGUGGAAUAUAAAAAAUUUCCAAAUAAAAACAAACGUUAUGAUACACAGUAUCAAAGAGGACAUUUUUUUACCUGUUUUUUUGUUCCUAUAUUCAUGUAUAUUCAUUGAAACAGUUAAGAGAAAACACAGAUGCCUACUUUGUGAUGCCAUUUCGGUGUAUUGUGUAAUAAAUUGCCACAUCAUUUUCCACUAAGCAACUUUUAAAUUACGGAUAGGACUCUUCAGUUAAAACACUGAGCCGCAAGAGAUUCGAAACUUUACUUACUUGAUAAACACGAAAUAUAACGCAAAACGCCAUAUUACUUAAACAUUUAUAACUUAAUCGCCAAAAUUUGACGAACAGUUCACUUUUUUGUGAUAGUAUCUUGGUCAAUGAUAUACCACUAUAGUCUGCUCAAAUUCUCAACCGAUAAACGCUUGUUUCGUUGU